AUGUCAGUAGUGAUCAGCCACUUUCACAAUGAUCACAUCGCUGGCACUGAAAUUUUCUCCAAGGGGGGAGCUACGAUUGUCGGACACGAAAUUACGGCUCGAACAGUGAAGAGAAGGACUCAGGAUCUUGCUGCUGACAGCCCAGCCAUCGUUGCUGUGCCCCCUACCGAGCUUUACACUGGGAAGAAAGAGAUGAAGGUUGGCAACCUGUCUGUUGAACUGCACAAUUUUCAGGUUCACACACCUGAUGGAACGAUUCUUUACAUUCCUUCGAAGCAACUGAUCUUCGCUGGUGAUACUGUAGAGGAUACGGCAACCUUCAUCGCUGAUGCCAAGAGCUUGCCAACUCACCAGACAGAGCUUCAACGAAUGGCGACUUUCCCCAUCUCAAAGAUCCUGCCUGCGCAUGGAGAACCAAACAGAAUUGCCGCAGGUGGCUACAAUUCAACUUUCAUCAACGCAACGCUUCGGUACAUUGCUGCCAUGACAGAAGAUGUGCCGGAGCCAGCAGCUUGGAAUCAACCUCUGUCCCAGGUUGUCGAUGCAGAUGUCAAGAGCGGGGACUUGAUAUACUUUGCGCAGUACGAGGAAGUGCAUCAGAGUAACGCAGAUACCAUCCGGAGAAGCCGUGGAAGGGGCAAUAAUAAUUGA